GUUUAGUUUGAAUUUGAAAGGUUUAAAAUAUUUUUAUAUUAAAAAUAAAUAUACCUUAAAUUCUAUAAAUUUGUCCAUAUUAUAGAGGGUAAUAUUAACCAGUAUUUCUGUAAUGUUUUCUAGAAUUAAGUGUCAGAGGCACGUGGUUUUUGCAUUUUUGUAUUAUAUUGUAAUGUGAAGCAAAAUGGAAAUACAAAAUAAAUUUCAUUCUUUGAGAGAAUUAGAAGAAUAUUCCUAUCGUUUUUUACAACAUAUAGCUAAAUCUAUGGCCUUGCCUUCUAAUUUUAAGAAAGUCUACUUGAUCCAGUUAAUACAUGCCAAACAGUUUGGCACCAUGGAUGAGGUGAAAAGUAUUGUGAAGAAGGUGAAAUUGGAACGGCUGCAACUGUCACAGGUCAGGAAGAAAAGCAGUCGCAGGACAUCAUAUACUGUGCAGGGAUCGGAAAUAUCUUCGACCAGCAAUAGUCACUCGCCACCUAUAACGAUCACCCCAAAGCGUCCAGGUCAAAUUAUGCCGUGCAGCUCGGACUCACAUCAGACUGUUAUGAACUACCCUCGACUGAAAGCCCCAGAACCCAGAGUCGUGCAAAGAACCUACCCCUCCCCGAAGAAAUCAAGACGAAGCGACAGAAUCUUACGUAGUUUCAAUAUAAAAACUAUUAAGAAAACCAAUUACGAGUCCUUGAACGUAAAUAACUCGUUAUUUAAUGUAAUUAAAACUCAGAAAAGUCCAAAUGAAACCAGAUUCAAAGUAAACCGAGAUGUGGAUCAAAAAUGGAAUAUAAAAGCCAAUUGUGUUGUAAAAAAGCCACAGCAGGGAAUGCUGAAGUCUAGUAAUUUCGACUUUAAAAGUAGUGAAAAUAGAUGUCCUUAUUCCGUACCUAGUACUAGCAUGAACUCCACGCCGGCGGUGCCUGCGAGACGUCAAAGAGUUUUGAGCGGCAUUUACCCCAUUACAUCCAAAGAAGUGGCCCUAAAAAAGAGCUCAUUCGUACAAAGCAUUGGCUUCAGACACAGAGACGGGAAGAUUUCCAAAAUAAACGCCCUAGUACAAAAACCUAAGAUACCAAUAAAAAAUUCUGUAGAGAGUAGUAAUACUCAAAACACCUGCCGCGAUCUGGAAGUUACUGUUCAAGAUAUAAUCGACUACAACGUCGAAACACAAACUAAUAUGGACCCUGUAUAUUCAGCCACAGAAACCAAUAUGCCGUCCAAUAAUUAUCUUUAUCCGACUUUGACAAAUAUUAAUGAGGAUUUUGAGAACCAUGCGUACUAUAGCACAUAUGUGGCACAAACUCAUCACGAUGGUCAAUAUUAUAAUGAUCCGUGUAGCAGUAACUAUUAUCCAAGGGAGGCAUCUACCAAAUUGCCACAUAUAAAUGAGGUAUUCAGCAAAUUUAACGAUAUACAAAGUGAUUUACGUGAACCAAUUUAUGUACAAGUGAGCGAAGAGGCAGACAGAAUAAGAAAUUUCCCGUUGUAUGUAGCGAGCACAACGAACAACACCAGUUACCUGGAGUCGUUGUACAACUUCAGGGGUCAGUUUGUGUUGCACCAGCCACUGCUGAAGGUGGCUACCACCUCGAAUACAAUAAGCACAUACAGUACACCUGUCAUGGCGUCCGCGUAUAUACAACCACCCACGCUUGCCACCAAUGAGCCUUUCGCCGCAUCUUCGUGCGAGCAGGAUAGCAUUAUUAACGUCAACAUGGAAGAAAUGCCUCGGAUAUCCGAUCUUCUGAAAUACACUGAACAAGAAUACCUUGAACAGUCAAACUGUGACCAGGAUAAUGAACUGAACAGUGCCGAUCUGUCACUGGCUAAAUACGGUAGUCAAGAAAUAGGGGCCACUGUUACUAUUCCUGAGAUGGUCGAAGAUGCACUCGAAAUCAUCAGCCAAGAUGGGGACUACCUGGAGCGAAUCGGAAUGGAAAUGAUGUUACGGUGCUUUCUAUGCUCUUGGUACGGCCCCAAGUAUAUAAUGGAUUAUCACCUCAGGAAGGAGCACCAGCCGGCCAUCCGCUGCGAGAAGCGCAGCGCGUGGCACGAGUGCGUGCGGCCCGGCGCGCGCCGCCUCGUGCUGCACCGCGCCGCGCUGUACGUGCUCGGCGCCGCCCGCCGCCGCGCCGGCUGCCUCGCCGCCACGCUGCGCAGCGUAGCAAGUAAACAGCAAGUGCCAAAAAUCGGUUCCCUUACUGUAUACAACAGAAUCACGGGUGAACCCUACAGUUGGAAAGGAGAAAUACAGCCAAUAUCGGCUGACCUUAGCGAUGAUGCGGACGGCUUGCAACUGGAUAUAUCCAGAUUAGGGUUGUCACCUAUUACAAAAAUAAACUAUAGCGGAUCAGAUAUGAUGCCCUCGAUUACAGUGGAACAACCUGAUAUGGAAAAUAUAGAUAUAUUGUUGUAUGUUAGGAUUUUCGACUGACAUACUUAAGAAAUUGGGGAUUUUUUUUUAAUUGGCCUGAUAACAGUGAGUAGAAUUCCCUUGCCACAUAUUUUGUUGAAGACAAAUUAAAAAAAAAAAAUUGAAAGACAGUCUAUUACACAUAGAUUUACAAAAAAAAUCCGUUUAAUAGUUACCUGUGAGUGAAUGAAUGAAAUGGAAUAUUUGAUGUAUAAAAUAUUCGUUAAAUUUAUUUACCUCUAAGUAUAACUACCGAAAACAUGGAUCUUUUUAUUGCAAAUGUUAUGUUAUAUUUUUAUAAAAAAAUUCUCGCAAAUUUUACUCUAGCAUGUUUGAUAAUAAAUUCACUUAUUACAAAUGAAAUAUAUAAUUUUUAUAGUAUACUAUAUACAUAUUGGGCUUCGUUUUAGAAUCUAUGAUCAGAAAUUUAGGGAUUAACUGGACAGUGUUGCCAGUUAAUUGGAGGGUGUUGCCAUAAAACUGCAAUGUUUUAAUAUUCGACAUUAAAUAUUAAAUUUAUAACUUCUAUUCACGUUAUCUGGUACAAUGUUUUUUAUUGUCAAAUUCCCGUAGACUGAUUCACUUUAUAAAUUAUAUUUUUAUAUUGUUUACUUCGUUGUUAUAAAUAUAAAUGAAGACUGAAAAGUUCCUGUUUUAUAGACCAAAAUAUUUUGUUUAUAUAUUUGUUAUAGGUAUAUAAAGAGAUAUAUACAAUCCCUCAACUCAUAGAAGAGUAGUUUCUUUUUUUUUUAUACAAGUUUAAAAUAACUUUAACAUUUUUAGAACUUUGCAAUUAUUGCAAUUGUUGUUUUUGAGUUUGAACUGGAUUCGAACCUUCACUUUGUAAAAUAACACAUACGUAUAUUGAACUUUUAUAAGUCCCAAAUAGGUGCUCUGAUCGGCUUAAGAUUCAAUAAAUAUUAGAGUAUGAUAGUUCAUAUUCCAAUAAUAUUUUCUAUUACCAGUGAGUUUUUUUUAUUUUUUAUUAUUAUAUAGCUAUAAAACUGCUUAAUAAUGGUGAACAGUGCCUUGUUUAACAUAAAAGAAUGUGUUCAACUUUACCUUUAUGCAUAAGUUGUUAAUUCCAGUAAUUUUAUUAGGAACGUUAGAAGGCAAAGACAUUUCGCGAGUAUAAAAUAACACAUUCUCCUUAAUUAUACUUAAAAUUAAAGGAAAUUAAUCAGCUUCAAAAGUAAAGAAAAAAAAACAACCAGUAAACUUAUGUUUUGUUCCUAUUCGAUUACUCCUUUUUUAAUUAAUUAAUUAUAAGUUGCAUUUAUAUUAUUAAUAUUAAGUUUAACCUAAGCUUUUCGAAAUUCGAAUUCCGAAUUAACGUGUUCCAUAUACUUUUUUUUCGACGUUAAAAAAAUUAAGAUUUUUAUAUUUAAUUACUUUUUUACGCUUUCAAUAAAAAUUGUCUUUAAUUAGUUAUUAUUCAUUCAUCAAUCAUUACAAUGUACGUCUGACAGAAAGACAAUUUAAUUAAGACAUAAGAUUAAUCAGUAUCGCUUACUUACCGAAAUUUGACAAAAUCAAAAUUUGUUAAAUAAUUAUUACUUAGAAAAAAAAAUUGUUUCUUUCAUUUAAGCAGAGACUAUAAAUUUUAAUUAAUAUAGUAUAAUCAUACUGUAGUCUCUGAUUUAUGUAGUAAUAAUAGUAUUACUAUUAUGUAUAAUUUUUGUUUUUAUAGAUUUGUUUUGCUUUUGUUAUAAAUUUAUAAUCAUGUUGACAGGUAUGUUUUUGUUUUGUUGAUUUUUUUUUUCGAUUCUAAUAAUAAUUCUAUGUUUGAAUUGAAAUAUUAGACCGGCCAUCAUUGGAUUUGUUUAUGUUUAAUUUUUUUUUAUACUGAAAUUGAACUUGAAAAUUGUGUUGAAUUUUUUUAUGAAAUUUUUAACACAAUAUUUUUUCAAUAUUCUACUUUUAAAAAUAUUACUGUACGUAGUAAAUUUUAAAUCAUUUAAAGUGGUUAAAUUCGUUUGUUAAUUUAAAAUUAAUAAACAUCUAAUUGACAUAAUUUUGUAUAAGUCUCUUUCAACUUUUGUAAUAUUCUUUCUGGUCUGGUCUUUUUUUUUUUUUUGUUAAUCAAGGUAAUAAGGAACGAGAUUUUUUUUUAUAAACAUAUUUUUAUAGCUAUUGUUAAGUUGUAUUACCAGUUGUGCCAUUAAGCUGUUAAUUGCUUUUGGAUGUUGUUUUUUUAAAGAUUGUUAAAGAGUUGAUUAAAUAAAAUUU